CCGAGUCAGUCCGUCGUCCUGAUUUCAGAGUGAGCAGGCACAAUGUCUGACGGAGAGCAUUUUUUGUUUAGUGGUUCAAAUAAUAACCUGCCAUGCCACAGAACAACUAAAUCACAUGUGGACCCUCAGACUGUGGAAGACUUCAGGAGAAAACUGAAAUAUUUCUUCAUGAGUCCAUGCCAGAAGUACAGAGCCAGAGGUCGGAAGCCAUGGAAAAUGAUGCUGCAGAUACUCAAGAUUGCCAUUAUUACCUUCCAGUUAGUUUCUUUUGGAUUGAGCAAUGAGAUGAUGGUCACCUUUAAAGAGGGGAAUAUCAUCACCUUCAAACAUUUUUUCCUGAAAAAUUACCAGGACAGAAAUAAAGAUUAUGCCUUGUACACAAGACACGAUGUUCAUGACCACAUACUGUACAUAAUCAAUAAGUAUCUACACCUAGAAGACCUGACGAUUGAUAAUCAUGCGUUUGAGAGGAUCAAUGAUGUGGUCACUCCUCUGUCCAUCUGUCAAGAGUUAUAUCGACAUGCUAAUGUUUUACCAGCCAAUGAGACUUUUGAUAUUGAUCCACAUGUAGAGACAGAAUGUCUUUCUAUUUACCCGUUCUCACACUACAAGAAGGAUGGUUUGGAAAAGGACAUGAACCUCACUUUAGAUUUCCAAAGGUUGUUAGCAGUAAACAUCCAUCUCAAAGUAAAGGCUAUUAACCUUCAAACUGUGCAUCAUAAAGAGUUACCAGACUGUUAUGACUUUGCCGUUAAUAUCAAGUUUGACAACCAUGCACACAGUGGGCGAAUCAAGAUAUCUCUUAGCAGUGAUGUUCAGAUAAAAGUCUGCAAGGACUGGAAUGUUUCUGGCUCAACAGACCUUCACUAUCAGCUCAUCGUUCUGUUCGACUGCGUGGUGAUCUGCUGCUGUUUGCUCUCGCUCAUCCUCUGCACACGCUCAGUCUACAAAGGCAUGCACUUGCAGUCUGAGUACACCACAUUCGCAUCCAUUUACUACAAUAAAAGAGUUUCCUGGUCUGAGAGAAUAGAGUUCAUCAACGGCUGGUACAUCCUCAUCAUCAUCAGUGACACGCUGACUAUCACAGGAUCUGUUCUCAAAAUAUGCAUACAGAGCAAGGAACUGACCAAUUAUGAUGUGUGCAGUAUUUUACUGGGCACUGCAACAAUGUUUGUGUGGAUUGGAGUAAUGCGUUACCUCAGUUUCUUUCAGAAAUAUUAUAUCCUCAUCCUCACCCUGCAGGCUGCGCUUCCUAACGUCAUUCGGUUCUCCUUCUGCGUUGUUAUGAUCUUUCUUAGCUACUGCUUCUGUGGAUGGAUCGUUUUAGGGCCACACCAUGAAAACUUUCGGUCAUUUAAUAUGGUGGCUAACUGCCUUUUUUCCAUGAUGAAUGGAGAUGAAAUCUACUCAACCUUCACCAAAAUCCGAGACAAGAAUGAUCUGGUGUGGAUGUUCAGCAGAAUGUAUGUCUACACCUUCGUCCCACUCUUUACAUUCAUGAUUCUGAGCCUCUUCAUCGCCCUUAUCACUGACACCUAUGAAACCAUCAAGCACUAUCAGAAGCAUGGAGCACCCUUAUCAGAGCUGCAGGCUUUCAUAGCUGAAUGCAAAGACUCACCGAACUCUGGGAAGUACAUGGUGCAUGAGGAAACCUCCACCCUUUGGUGCCUUUGUGCUCCCUGUGUGAAUUGCACCUGAAACAGAUGAGAAAACUGCAUUGCUCAGUGUCUCUUGCAUUGCUUUAAACCAGUGGCUCUCGAUUGGUGUGCCGGGACCAGAAUUACAGGAUCAUGGACAGCAUGAAAAAUGAUUAAUACCAAUAAUAAAACAUGCAUAUGUUGUAAGCUGGCUGCACACAUUACGUGAUGCUAUUGAACUGAAAAGGAAAGAAUGAUUCUGGGAGGAGCCAGAUACAGCUCAUUAAGGCUGAUGAAGCAUCCAACUUAUUAUUACAUAAUUUAUUAUAUAUGCAUCCCUAGGCAAGAUAAAACAUGUAAUAUGUUAUAGCAAAUUAUAAUAAAUGUACAUGAAAACAUUAUUUAUAAUGAAAUAAAUUGCAUAUGAAUAGCACAAU